AUGGGCCUCAUAUCCACAAUGACUCGCCGCGUGCGCAAUAACCGUCUCUCGAGAAGACUGUCAACAACAAGCACCAAGCUGCACGACGAAGACGCAAAUGAUCUCAUCAAAACACUCUCUGGAACUUCCAGGGUCCCGAGCAUGGAUUCUACAUCGACUAUCGUUUACCAAAACCCUGUCGUGCCGUCUGAGUCGCCGGCGAAUCGGGGACUGAUCAAAACAAAGGAUAUGCACGUUGGGAGUCUGUUUGACCAGGAAAUGGCUUCUCGAUCGGCGGAUCGUGCGGCCAGGGCGCUUGCUGGGCAGGAGUAUCCGGUCCUCAGGCUGGAUAUGUGUCAGUCGGCUGAGCCGAGGCGGGCUUUGCAGGAGCCGUUGGAGAUGGGUGGCAUGGGGAAGAGGAGAAGUCGAGGAUGGAAGGAGGAUUAUGGGAAUGGGGGGCUCUGGGUGCUCAUCGGGGAUUGA